AUGGCCGAGCUGCAACCGCCUCGUGCAGAGCCGACCAUGGCGGCGCCCUCGGCAGCUGCAGCGGUAGCGCCCUCGGCGCGGGUGAUGCGGCAGCGCUUGGAGGAUCCCUUCACCAAGCAGCGCCUGUUGUUCUUCCUUUGCCUCCACCUGGUGGCCUUUGGCGCGGAGAUUGCUGCCAUGGUGGUGUUCUUCUUCACCCGAGAUUUGCUCUUCCUCUUCUCCUUGUUGGUCCCGUUCCUCUUCUCCGGGCUCUUCUGCACCUACGCGGCCUAUCACUGCGAGCUGCCCACCACGCGCUCGCGACUGCUGCCGUUGAAGGAUCGGCAUUGGCUGCUGCGGCUGGUGCUGGUGGUGCCCAUGGGACUGCUGCAGGGUGUCAUCCUUUGGCUGGCCGUGGAGGAGUACCGGGAGCGCAACGCGGAGCGGACGACGCUGCCGCUGGACGGCUCGGGCUGGCAGCGGCGGGGCCGCAGCAGCUCCACACCGCCCAACAAGUAUCACUGCAAAGCUGUGAACGGCAUCUUUGAGGGCAUCGCCUCGUCGAUGGUCUUGCUCUACGCCUUUUGGAGCAUGGGCAUCGUCGACCCCACGACGCAGAAGCCCAUCACCGUCGGCAGCAACCGCGAGCGGGCCUUGGUGGGCUUCCUGGGCGUGGUGUGCUUCCUCUCCACUGGCCUAGGUGUGAUGGAGUUGGACUACUGCACCUCUCGGACGAUCGCCAAACGGAUGCGACGCUUUUGGUACGAAGUGAUCCACUGGCUCUUCCGCACCUGUGAGCUGAUCAGCCGCGUGUGCAUGUUCGUGGCCUUCAUGGUGACCACCCGACAGAAACCGCAGUGGAGGUGGUGGUGGUGCAUUUUGUUGGCGGACUUUUGCUUCACCGCUUUCAUCGUCACGGUCUUGGGCGGCGCAGAGGGCACCUAUGUGGUGCGGAUCCUUUGUAGCAGCCCUGCCGUCUUCGCCAACAUCUUCGCCUUCAUCGACUCGCCCUACAAGCGCCGCAGCGCCAAGCUGGUCUCCCGUUGGCUUACGAUCAAGCAUGGCUUGGAGCUCAUCUUGUUGCCGCUCCUGCUGUACAUCGGAUUGCGGGAGGAGCUUUGGGUGGACUUGAAGGACAAUUGGAAGAACCAUCAGAUCAUGAUCGUCAUUGCUUUGACCGCCAGUGUCCUUUAUUGGCCGCUUCUGGCGUAUAUUUCGAGCAAGUCGAUGCAUCGAAGCAACAUGACGGACAUCUUCUCGGCCUGUGAGACGGGUUCCAAGACGGAAGUCCAACGCGCCAUCCGCGACUUGACGCGCUCCGCGGCCAUUUGCCUCAACGUGAACAGCCCUGAUGUGGAUGGGAGAACCCCACUGAUGCUGGCGGCAGCCCGGGGCCACGCGGACGUGUGCGCGCUGCUCGUCCAGCAGGGCGCCAACGUGGAGCUUCGGAGGCUUCAAGACAACAGGAAAUGCCGCACCUUGUUGACGAUCUCUUUGCGCCGCCGAUGGACGGCACUCCACAUCGCCGCAUGGCAUGGGCACUUGAAGGUGGUGCAGAUUCUGCUGGAUGCCGCCAGAGGUCGAGCUGCAGGAGAGAGGAACGCAGAGGACUACUGGAACUACAUGUUUCAAGAUUCUGCCAACGAGACGCCACUGCAUGUGGCUGCACGUGGGGGCUGGCUGGAGGUUUGCUGCUGCCUAGCGCAUCAUGUGCCUCUUUGGAAGAUGGCCAUGCUUCAGGAGCCCAACCCGGCGAUCGAGCUGUGCCCGCGCGAGGUGCGCCAGGCCAUCGUCGACCCCGGCGAUGAGCUGCUGCAGCGGUCCAUGGAUUUGCGCAGCACCCCAUUGCUGGAUGCCGCGGCUUCGCUUCCCAACAUGGAGGGCUGGCCGCAAGUGCAAGUGGCCAUCGACCGCAGUCAGCACGAGCAGUUGAUCGCGCCUGGCCUUUGCUCCUACAUUGCUAGCUGCUGUGGCGGGGCAUUGGGGCGGGCAUUUCUGAUGGAUGCACAGCCAGAACCUCCGGAGAUCCACCAGAGCGUCUUGACGGACAUCAGCGAGGCCACCGAGAGCAGCGAGACCUCCCUGGCGCGUGGCACGGGCGCCUCCGGCGCGCGGCACGGGGCGAAUUGGGAGACGGAGGCGCCGAACAUCGACCACCUGGUCCCGGUGACCCCGACGAACACGCGGGUCAUCGCCCAGUGGUCGGAGAUGUCCUCCAGCAUGGACGCCGCCAUGCGCCGCCGCGGCUGCUCCGGCGGCCACAUCCGCGGCUGCAUCAUCCGGAGAAUCCCGGAGAUUGGCAUCGGUGCCAUCUUGGGGCAAGGAAGCUAUGGCGUGGUGUGGUGUGCCAUGGAUGAGCGGACGGACAAGCUGUAUGCAGUCAAGAACAUUUGCAAGGCUCCGACGACCUCGGAGGUGAGCCGCCGGGAGUUCGAGGUCAGCGACCGCAUUCGCCUGACGCCGCAUCCCUGUUUGGUGCAACUCUUCCUGGUUCACAACUUCACGGACGCCGGGCUUUACGUCCUGGUGAUGGAGUACUGCUCCGGAGGGAACCUCCUGCGACGCAUCCAACAGAGAAGACACCUUUGUGGCAUCGGUUCAUAUCGAGCUCCCAGCACUGCCAUCGCAUGGAUCGCCCAAGUCUUCCUGGGCUUGGAACAUAUGCAUCUGCGGAUGGAUACGCUGCUCAGAGACCUGAAACCAGACAACGUGGUUCUCAGUGAGAAGGGCGUCGCCAAGUUGACGGAUUUUGGAUUUGGCCGCUUCGGCGUCGAGUCCACCAGCGGCCUGUGGUCCUUCGGCGUGCCGGCGGGGAGCCCGGGCUACGUGGCGCCCGAGGUGAUCUUACAGCAGAACUACGACUACAGUGCUGACCUGUACUCCUUGGGUGUCCUCACCUGGGUCUUGCUCUCGGGCGGCUUGGUGAAUGUCGAACCUCCGCAACCCCCCACUGGGCAGCGCCGGACCGUGAAUGACUUCCGGGCGCAUGCCCAAGACUGCGACCUGCUCCUGCGUUGUUUGGAAGAUCCCAGGUCCAACGGCGCCCUUCGCCUCAGACGACAUGAGCAGGACUUCGUGGCGAAGCUUAUCGAUCGGCGGCCAGAGCGCCGCCUCUCCCACCGGCAGAUCCGUGCGCACCGGAUGAUCUCGGAGUUGCCGAAUCUGCCGAAGUACGAGGCGCCUUCGGACGAGGUGAAGCGCUGGGUGGAGGAGGUCAGUGAGACCAAGCGCCAAUGA